UGGUUAUUAUAAGAAUGGUGUAAAGUGGAAUAGUAAGAGAAAAGUGUUCAAUAUGUACAUGAAAUAUGUGUUUGUUUUGUCCCUCUACCUCAUGCUCGACAGUGCGCUGUCUAUGCAUAUAAAGGGCGAAUUUUCUACAGAUGAGUUUUUCAAAUUCGUAGUCAAAUUUGGCUUUCAGAAAACUGACAUCCAUUAUCAAAAAGAAACAUAUGGAUUCAUAUUUGGCAAUAUCACAUCAAAAGAUCGUUUUAUGUAUCCUAUCACAUUUGCUGUGUUGAACAGGCAUCAUUUUAUUCACUAUUAUAAAAAUCGGGAUAUAGAGAACAAGGAGCUGGCAUGUCAAGUCAUGUUCCAGAACUUGAAUACAUCUGCUUACCACCCUAAGUGUAAUGCUGGGGGACAGGAUUUUUUUCGGCGCAUCCCUUGCCCAAAAAACGAAGUUUGCGUUGAUGAAGACUCCCUAUGGAAUGUUGUAAAGAAAAGUCAAUUUACUUACGACAUUGAGAACCCAGGCCAACCAAGGUUCUGGUAUGUGUCCAUGGUGUCCUGCUAUCUCAAUGAGACAACAUGCACAUGGCAUCAUUACAAAGGAGCACCAUCGAAAGAUAAUAAAACCAUGACAAAUGUCCCACAAAAAGUCCAAUAUGACUUUUGGCUAGUUAAUGGGAAUCCUAAUCAAAGUCUAUACAAUAGCCUGAUGUACCAAUUUUCGUUUGAUCGUCAAAACACCCUGGAAUUGUAUUUGGUGUUUCUGCUUUGCUAUAUUGUCCUUGUGCCAGUGCAGAUUUAUGCUGUCAGGACACAGAAACAUCCAGUAACAAAGUUAUUCACCUGCAGUCUCAUACUGGAGUUUGGUGCCAUUUGCUUCAAUUUCCUGCACACAGUGAAGUUUGCCGCAGACGGCGUAGGAUUUACUGGACUCGAUGUUGCUGGGGAUAUACUGGAUAUUAUGAGCCGGACCCUCUUUAUGCUGCUGCUCUUGUUAUUGGCAAAAGGCUGGGCAGUCACCAGAUUGGAGCUUACAUACAAGCCAUUGGUUUUCGGCGUGUGGCUGGCAUAUGGCAUAGUACAUAUACUGCUGUAUGUGUGGAAUACUACGGAAGUAGAUAUCAUAGAGGAAAUUGACGAAUACCAAACGUGGCCGGGCUGGCUCAUCCUCACCCUGCGCGUGGCCAUCAUGUCCUGGUUCGUGCUGGAGCUGCGCAACACGAUGAUGUAUGAGCACAACAUGGCCAAGCUGAACUUCCUCCUGCAUUUCGGCGCCUCGAGCUUGGUGUGGUUCGUGUAUCUGCCGGUUAUCGCUUUGAUAGCCCUGCAGAUUAGCCCCUUGUGGAGGUUUAAAUUUUUACUCGGUAUUACAUAUUCGGCGGACUGCCUGGCGUUCUGCGUCAUGACACAUCUGCUGUGGCCCACUCGAUCGGAGCAGUACUUGCUGCUGGCUCCCUCUGAUUACACAGCGGGCAUUGAGGAACUAGACGAGUUCAAUGAGUCGCCGCACGUAGUGCACAGCGACACGGUGGCGCUCACGGCCGACAGCGUCAACGUCGACGAUGAGGACGUCAUAUUCACCCGCUCGCACAAGAACACCGUCUACUCAUAGCGGGACUAGACCUAUCCAGGGGAAACUUCGAGAAUUCUCUCCACGAGCCAGUCGGUUAGAACGAGCUAAGUGAUCUUUGAGAUUGUUAACCGGCUCUGCGUGUCAGACGUUUUUAGACGAGGGCUGACGAUAGCCAAUUAGCCAUAUUGAGCGGACUAUGGGAUAUAUGUAUAUGAGGUUUGUUUAUUCCCAAUUUUGGUCCGGUACAGCACUUAAGUGGGAUGUCGCACCGUUGUCAAAUUUUCAAUACCUAUGAGUAAAUGUCGACUUUAGUGUAAUAUUAGUCGUAAGCGUUAUCUGUGAAUAGACACGAGUAUACAACGCGUAUUAUGAUAAAGUGCAUCUGUUUUAAUACCUGCAGUGUAGACAAACUAUUGCACAGUACCGAUAAAGAAAAAAAAUGGUGGAAUAAUAUAAUAGUUCCUCGAGCAAUGUUUUAAAGAAUUUAAUAUAAUUUAAAUUAAUUAUAGUGUAUUUUAAUGUGCAGUGUCAAAUCGAAAACUUAGUCACGUAGUUGUAAGUAACGGGACGAUAUCUGUUUUGUCUUUGAAUAACAUUUUUUGAUAAAGUAUUCUUUAACCCAAGACAUAGAAAAUAUUCAAAAGAAAACCUUGAAACCACUGUUAUUCUAAUUUAACUCACGCUAUAUCUGUUUGAGGCUACGUAACACUGGCGCAUGUUCUAAUAAUUGAAUACCUAACGUACAAUUUGCAAUUUACCUAUAGUUAGAAAGCGCUAGAAUAGCAUUUGAAAAAUAGUUCCUCAAAAUUUGGUAGAACCUCCUUACAACCGGCGUCCUGCGUGUAGUACAUAGGUCCCAGACAUUGCAUCAUCUUAAUAGAGUUUAAAUUAGCAAACUUGAUACCCAGUCAUGGGGUAAAACCCUGAUAAACAGGUCGGACUAUGAGAAAGACCUUUCAUAGGUACCAAUCAUAGAAACACUUUCUCUAAAGCGCCCUCUGAUUAGUGAAUAUUUACUAUUUUACUCCAUUGAAAGAAAAUACCAUCUCAAGGUUUUUGUCGCGUUAUUUCAUGUUGCACAUUUUUAUUUAUACUAGUUACAGGUUACAUGUAUUAGAUGAUUAGUACCUACAUAUUUAGGUAAUAAUGAAUGUUCUAAUGAGUGUCAUUGAAAUGUGCCAACCUGUGAGUCAAAAGUUGCAUAACACACUUUAAUCACUUUUGAGACUUUUUAUGAAGUAUAGUAGGUACAAAAUUAACGAAGGCGUUAUAAACAGUUAAUAAGCCUGCGCGUCAAAAUUAUCUUAUUGCACAAAGCCUUAAUAGUUCAUAACUUUAAAAUUAAAUAAAAACAUCUUUAUAUUGAAGUUGUUAAAUCGAAUAGUACCUACAUUAAAAAUCUGUCUCUAAAAUAACUGCAUUGCGUACACUUUCAUUCUUAGCAAAAAUAAAUAGUUUGUUUUAUACUCUUCAGAGUAUAAUUAUCAUUAUUAUUUGUAUGUCUUUUCCAUAUCUCGGGACCAUGGGGUCCCGGACCUUUGGGAGGCGUACGUGGGGCCGAAGCCAACAGCGCAGAGGCCCUUUAAGACACUUUAAUCUAAAAGCAAGGGAUACACGUGGCGGAUACCAUCCCCGAACGCACAAUGUGAUACAUCAAGAGAUGGUCCCCGCCAGGUGCAAAGACUAUUGCAGUGCAGCACUUUUGUGCUGCGAUGGGAACUAAGGUCAUGGGCUAUAGAUUUGAAAGUUGGAUGGACUGGAUAAUGGGCUAUGGGAGAGACUAGCGGACACCUGCCGUGACAAUCAGUCUCAAAAUUGUAUAAGACAGGUGGUGA